CAGCCAUGACACAUUGUCCACCCACAUCUAAAGAUGACAUCUAUAUGGGAUCAUCUUCAUUCUUAAGGCUAUAGCCACAGAUACUUUUACUGGUAUUGCACCCAAUUUCAUGUUACCUUUCUUUUAUUUCGCUCCAGCUCAGGGUUCGGGGCCACCGGCCGAAAUCCAUCCAUUGUGCCCCGUCCUUAAAGAACAUGCCGAAGAAAAAGACGUGAAGGAUGACCCAGGCGAUGAUGAUGAAGGAAAAGCUGUUUUCGUGGACAGAAGUAAUUCCACACCUCCAGUCCAAGGAAUUGCCCUGCGCUCCGUGCCCAUAAAGCCCUACAGCUCGCCACCUCCGCUGUCCGCCUUCUAUAAGCAGAACUUCUCAUGGGACGCUCUGCACUCAGCUUAUGGAUUUAAGCGCAUCCCACCGCAUAUGCACCCGGCGCUCUUACAGCACUCUGUAAGCAUGUACCGCGCACCUCUCACAGAAGACACUGAAGCAGAGAACCCCAUCAACUAUAGCUUGGGUUACUCGUCUGCUACGGACACCUACCAUUGUAUCAAGUGCAGCAAAGUCUUCUCGACGUCACACGGGUUGGAGGUCCAUGUCCGGAGGUCUCACAGUGGUACUCGUCCCUUUGUCUGUGAUAUCUGCGGAAAGUCUUUUGGACAUGCGGUCAGCUUGGAGCAACAUCUCAAUGUUCAUUCCCAGGAGAGAAGCUUUGAGUGCAAGAUGUGCGGGAAGACCUUCAAACGUUCCUCCACCCUGUCCACCCACCUCCUCAUUCACUCGGACACCCGGCCGUACCCUUGCCAGUUCUGCGGCAAACGUUUCCAUCAGAAGUCAGACAUGAAGAAGCAUACAUACAUUCACACAGGCGAAAAACCUCACAAGUGCCAGGUUUGCGGGAAAGCCUUCAGCCAAAGCUCCAACCUCAUCACUCACAGCCGCAAGCACACAGGUUUCAAACCGUUCACCUGCGAUCUUUGUGGCAAAGGGUUCCAGCGCAAGGUGGAUCUACGCCGGCACAAAGAGAACCAGCACGGGUUAAAAUGAAGAUAGUCCACUCGAAAUCACGGAACACACCUAUGGACUGUACGGCUGCUCUGCGUGUUACUUUUCUUUGCCACGCGGUUCCAGCGGAGUAAUAAAAGAAAUUCUACA